GUGCCACCUGGCACACAUUUACAGUAUUUUCACAUCGUUUGGCCAGCGCCGGCACAGAUCAAGUUCUAAUUGACUCGCGGUUACGUUACUCAUCUGAUUUAUGUGUUACAGUUCAAAAAUUUUUUGUGCUGCCAGGCCAUGCGAAGCAGCGAUUGACCAGCAAUCCGUAUUUCGGCGUCUUACAUUUUCGCUGAUUACAGACUGCAGGCGCGAACCACCUGUUCAGAAAAGCGUGCUCAUCUGCUCUUGUGGACCAUUAGAGUGAUUAGACGAUCCCCAGCCAACCCUCUCCUUCAUCCCGAUUAAUUCCCUUCAUUUGCGGCAAUGAGCGCUAAAGCCAUUUCGGAAGCCACGGGCAAAUCCCUUUUGGUCAAGCAUUUAUCGAUCCCCAACAAUGCACUCGUCAAGCCCAAGUUCGUCACCAUCGACGAGCACACAGAUCUUCAUCGAUUACCUGACGAGCAUCCGUGGUUAUCCGUGGAGAGACUAGUUGUCAAGCCUGAUCAGCUCAUCAAGCGACGUGGUAAACUCGGGCUUAUCCACGUUAAUUCCGAUUACCAGGGAGUCAAGGAAUGGGUGGAGGCGCGCCGCGGGAAGGAUGUGGCGGUGGGCAAAGCUCAUGGGAAGCUGAGGAAUUUCAUUAUCGAACCCUUUGUUCCGCAUCAACCGAACGAAGAAUACUAUUUGGCGAUUUUCUCACACCGUAAUGGCGAUACGAUCAUGUUCACCACCGAAGGCGGAGUCGAUGUGGGCGAUGUGGAUUCCAAGGCGCUGCGUGUGGAAGUGGCGACCGGCGAAAAACCCACGGCUUCCGACAUCCAGGCGAAAUUAUUAUCCAAUGUCCCAGCCGGAGUCCAGACAAUUCUGUCAGAAUUUAUUUUCGGCAUCUACAAUUUGUAUGUGGAUCUCUUUUUCACCUACUUGGAAAUCAAUCCACUGGUGGUAUCCAGCAACCGCGUCUACAUUCUGGAUUUGGCGGCGAAACUGGAUGCGACUGCCGACUUCAUGGCCCACUCCAAAUGGGGAAAAGUUGACUUCCCGCCGCCGUUCGGUCGCGAUGCCUAUCCCGAGGAGGCUUUCAUUGCUGAUCUCGAUGCGAAGAGCGGAGCCUCGCUUAAGCUGACAGUACUCAAUCCCAAGGGACGCAUCUGGACGAUGGUAGCCGGUGGCGGAGCGUCCGUUAUCUAUGCGGACACGAUCUGUGACUUGGGCGGAUCAGCAGAGCUGGCUAACUAUGGUGAAUACUCCGGCGCGCCAACCGAACACCAGACUUAUGAAUAUGCAAAAACUAUUCUGACGCUCAUGACGAAGGAGCACCAUCCUGAGGGAAAAGUAUUGAUUAUCGGUGGAGGCAUCGCCAAUUUCACAAACGUUGCCGCGACAUUUUCGGGAAUCGUCCAAGCCCUGAAAGAAUUCAAGGUGCCUAUAAUCGAGUACAACAUAAUCAUCUAUGUGCGCCGCGGUGGACCAAAUUACCAGGAAGGAUUACGUGUGAUGCGCGAAACCGGUCAAGAAUUGGGCAUCCCCAUACAUGUCUAUGGCCCCGAGACACAUAUGACGGCUGUGGUUGCCUACGCGUUGAAGUACAAAUCGAGCCCUGCUCCGGCACCGCCAACGUUUUCGACGGCGAACUUUCUGCUUCCUGGAGGAAUUACCGGUGAUCAAACACCGGAACCCAAGUCGCGCAGCAGUUCUUCCACAAAAGGCCCAGAAGAGAACCAGUUCUUCCAGAAAGUGGGAACCUUUGUUGGCAAAACCUUGGGAUUAGUCAAUGGCGAUGGCGUUUCGGUGAAAGAUUAUACUCUUUUUUCGCGCACAACAAAAGCUAUGAUUUGGGGGAUGCAACCGAAAGCGGUGCAAGAAAUGUUAGAUUUUGACUUUGUUUGUUCGCGUCGUGAACCCUCGGUGGCCUGCAUGGUCUAUCCAUUUGUGGGCAACCACAAACAGAAAUUCUACUGGGGACAUAAGGAAAUCCUUCUUCCCAUGUGGAGAAAUUUGGGCGAGGCCAUGAAAAACCACCCGGAAGUGGACGUUGUCGUCAACUUCGCGUCGUUGCGCUCGGCGUACGACGCCACUCUCGAAAUCAUGCAGUACCCACAGAUCCGCACCAUUGCGAUCAUUGCCGAGGGAAUCCCGGAGAACUUGACGCGAGAAAUGAACCGCAUUGCCAAAAAGAAGGGAAUCAACAUUAUCGGCCCGGCGACAGUGGGCGGCAUUAAGCCUGGCUGUUUUAAGAUCGGCAACACGGGCGGCAUGCUGGACAAUAUCCUGUCUUCCAAAUUGUAUCGGCCUGGAAGCGUUGCAUACGUUUCGAGAUCCGGUGGCAUGUCUAACGAACUGAAUAAUAUCGUCAGUCGAGCGUCAGAUGGCGUAUACGAGGGUAUCGCCAUCGGUGGUGAUCGGUAUCCCGGGACGACCUUCAUCGACCACAUCUUCCGCUAUCAGCUGGAUCCGGAGAUCAAGAUGAUCGUCCUUCUGGGUGAAGUGGGUGGUGUGGAAGAGUACGAAAUCUGCAACGCCAUCAAAACCGGAAAGAUUACCAAGCCGGUGGUGGCCUGGUGUAUUGGCACAUGCGCCAGUAUGUUCUCCUCGGAAGUGCAGUUCGGGCAUGCCGGUGCCUGUGCGAAUGCAGAGAAAGAAACCGCCGUGGCCAAGAAUACUGCCUUACGCGAGGCCGGCGCUGUGGUCCCACGGUCCUUUGACGAACUUGGCGAAAAUAUUCGAGAAGUCUACAAUUCCCUGGUGGCCAACGGCACCAUCGUUCCCGCACCAGAUACCCCACCGCCGCCGGUACCGAUGGACUACGCUUGGGCUCGAGAACUGGGUCUGAUUCGCAAGCCGGCCUCCUUCAUGACCAGUAUUUGUGACGAACGCGGCCAAGAGUUGUUGUAUGCUGGCAUACCGAUUUCCGACAUUCUCAAGGAAGACAUGGGCGUGGGUGGUGUACUGAGUCUCCUGUGGUUCCAGCGCCGCCUACCACCGUAUGCUGCUAAGUUCUUAGAAAUGUGCCUGAUUGUCACGGCUGAUCACGGUCCGGCUGUCAGUGGCGCUCACAACACCAUUGUAACCGCGCGCGCCGGCAAAGAUCUGGUGUCCAGCUUGUGUUCGGGGCUGCUGACCAUUGGUGAUCGCUUCGGUGGCGCUCUGGAUGAUGCCGCAAGGAUGUUCAGCGAAGCCUAUGAUAGCGGACAAUCACCGAUGGACUUCGUGAACGAAACUAAGAAGAAAGGGCAGACGAUCAUGGGUAUUGGUCAUCGUGUAAAAUCGAUCAACAAUCCGGAUAUGCGUAUUGUGCUGUUGAGAGACUACGUGAAGAAGCACUUCCCGGCAACUCCAGUCUUGGAUUUUGCCUUUGAAGUGGAAAAGAUUACCACCAAGAAGAAGCCGAAUCUGAUUCUGAACGUCGAUGGCUUCAUCGCGGUGUCGUUUUUGGAUCUGUUUCGCUCUUCUGGCUGCUUUACACGGGAGGAGGCUAAUGAAUACGUGGAGAUCGGCAUCCUGAACGGAAUUUUCGUUCUGGGUCGCAGCAUGGGUUUCAUAGGUCACUAUCUGGACCAGCGUAGACUGAAACAAGGCCUAUACCGUCAUCCGUGGGACGAUAUCAGCUACGUUAUGCCUGAAGCUAGCUUCUCCGGUAAAACCGAUGGUAUUUAAAUUUGGGGAUUUGCAAUAAUAUAUCGGUGCUGAUAUCGUUAUCAACGUAAUAGCCCAUUCCGGAUUUUCCCGUGUGCUGUAAAACGUAAUCUUUAAUAACUUAUAAAUUUCCCUUUUAUGAUUCCAGUUGGUUGCUGGAAUUCUAAUUUAUUUUAAUUUUAUAUUUUACGUUUUGAAUCUGCUUUGUGUUAUUUUCUCAACGGUUUAUGAAUGUGUGAGUUCCCUGAGGGAACUCAGUAAGGAGAAAGCUAUAACUGUCGUCUCUUGUGCAGAAGGAAAGCUGAAAGGAAGAUUUUAAUAAUAAAGAUAUAUUAUGCUG